AUGGCCGUCCCGCAGGAAAAGGUGGCUGUCCACCACCAUGUCACUAGCGUCGCCCUUCCCGAGAAGGCAGCGUACGCAAAACUCUCCGAUGGCGUCACCUCCGGCAAUCUGACUCCCAUCGCCUCGACUCCCGAGAAGAGCUUGGAGAUGCCCCGUGACAGCAAUCUCUCUACACCGCGGUCGUACCGGAACGAGAACCCCUUUGAUACGGAUAUUGAGGCCAUGAUCACCACGACGUCAUCCACCGACCCUUACGCCAUGAAGAGCAUCACAACUACAAAGGACUGCCCAACGAUAUGGCCGGGCAAGCAGGAUUGGAAGGCCAAGGCAAAGGCUGCGAAGCGUGACCGUGGCUCCUGCGCCUGCAUGGCGCGCAUGAGCAAGAAGAACCGCAUCAUCAUGAAGGUCGCAAUCGGCCUUCUUAUUAUUGGUAUCGGUGUUGGCGUGGGAUUCGGCGUCAGCAAGCCUCUGGGCGCACCUAUCUGGGGCGAUUCUGAGAAGAACCACUGA